AUUGAUUUUUUUUAAUUUUAUGUAUUUUUAAUUAGCAUGUCAGUGGAAUGAGUGGAGCUGUGUGAAAAGGUUAUAUAAUUGUGGAGAGGAGCUUGAAAACCCUUCCAGGGAAAGUGAAAGUUUGACAUAAAGUCCAGCCAUGGAGAUGGAGAAGAUGGACAAAGCAAAAGCAACAAGAGAAAAAGCAGAACCUGAUGUCAAACCCCAACCUGAAGGUCCAUCUGAAGCAAUUUAUUCGGAAGCUGUUUCCAGGGAUGCACCACCUAAAGCAGAACCAGACAAACGCUCCUUGUUCAAACAGGCUCUGGAAAACUUGUGUCUGUUUCGAGCUGUGUGUAUAUUCCUCAGUGUAAUCUGCCUGGUCCUGCUGGUGGUCGUCCUCAUCCUUGCCCUGAAAUCUCAGACUGCAAGUACAGAUCAGGAGGCAGCCUGCAGCUUUGAAAAGUGCAAAGUCUCCUUGCCCAAGAUUCUACAAAAAUAUCAUAAAUGCCAGCUGUGUGCGGAAGGAUGGCUGACGUUUGAGGGAUGGUGUUUCUACUUGUCCACGUUCAGGCUGAACUGGGAGGAAAGUCAGAGGAACUGCAGAAACAAAGGAGGAUCUCUGGCUGUAAUCACCAACAGCAGAGUUCAGACCUUUCUGACUGAGGAGGGGAUCGUCAAAUACUGGAUUGGGCUGAGACAAAAUGCAACCAGUUGGAACUGGGUCAAUGUUACGGCACUGGGAGAGAGUUUUUGGGCAGAAAGAAAGUCUGAGGGGGAUUGUGGGAUCCUGAACACCUAUGAACCCCCUGAGAAGAACUGGAUCAAAGCGUCUUGUAAGGCCGCCACCUACUUCAUCUGUCAGAGGCAACUUUAAAAUGAUUUGUACAGAACUUGGAGCAAACCAAUUUACUGCUGACAAAUGUCACCUUCUUAAUAAAACUCCAUCUCACAAGUCUUUUUACUACACAUUCCAAACAAUGAAUUACACUGUAAAAGUGAAUCAAGCUUCAUAAUGUCAUUUCUACUUUUGCACUAAAGACAGCAAAUUAGUUUUUCUUUUAUGAAUAUAGGCUCUUAUAAAUUCAGAUCAGGGUAACUAAGUGAUAUUAAAUAAAUGAGAAUAUGAAUU